UUUUCUCAACCUACGCUUCUUCGACCGACAACCACUAACCGACUCUUCCAACAGCCGUCGCCGACAAAAUGGGUGCUACCGUUCCUACCAACGACCAGAUCCUGGUCCCCGAGACCCUUCUCAAGAAGCGCAAGUCUCAGGAGAAGGCCCGCGCUGAGCGCAGCGACGCCGUUGAGAAGAAGAAGGCUGCCAACAAGGAGAAGCGUCAGGUCAUCUUCAAGCGUGCUGAGAAGUACGUCCAAGAGUACCGCGAUGCUGAGCGUGAGAAGAUCCGUCUUCACCGCGUUGCCAAGUCUGAGGACUCUGCCUACGUCCCCGCUGAGGCCAACCUGAUCUUCGUCGUCCGUAUCAAGGGUAUCAACAAGAUGCCCCCCAAGCCCCGCAAGAUCCUCCAGCUUCUCCGUCUCCUCCAGAUCAACAACGGUGUCUUCGUCAAGGUCACCAAGGCCAUCACUGAGAUGCUCAAGGUUGUCGAGCCCUGGAUCGCCUAUGGUUACCCCAACCUGAAGACCGUCAAGGAGCUCGUCUACAAGCGUGGUUACGGAAAGGUCAACAAGCAGCGCACUGCUCUUACCGACAACUCCAUUGUUGAGGAGAACCUCGGCAAGUACGGUAUCGUCUGUGUUGAGGAUCUCAUCCACGAGAUCUUCACUGUCGGCCCCAACUUCAAGCAGGCCUCCAACUUCCUCUGGCCCUUCAAGCUCUCCAACCCCACUGGUGGCUUCCGUCCCCGCAAGUUCAAGCACUUCAUCGAGGGUGGUGACCUUGGUAACCGCGAGCACGCCAUCAACGCUCUCGUCCGCCAGAUGAACUAAGGGAUUGUGAUAAAAAAGGCUUUUAAGGAUCGGUCAAUAGGACCUAAUGGAUUCAAAAAAAUUUGCAUUGGCUGCUCGGCGUUUUACUCAUGACAGGGAUUCAUGACAGGGAUAUGGAAAUUGAUACCUUGAUGAAUGACACCCGAGUUUUCAAAAUUAUCUAUCUGUGAUGCUUUGUGAUGUACAAAAUAUUUGUGAAAAUUGGCAGUGACAAUAGCACGUGAUGCUCCAAUUGCCUCAUGAUGCAGGGGUAUGAAUUUCAUUUGUAUGUACAUGUGGGGAAGCCAUUUCAAAGUGUAUCAACGCCGCAGCCUCUCAUAUUCCAACGUGUAUGAGACGCUACAUCUUGAUAUCGAAGCUUGUACCACAGCCACAACUGCUGGUAGCAAGCGGGUUGUCUGUAAUCUUGAACUGCGAGCCGAUCAGCUCCAUCGUGAAGUCAACUUUGCUGCCCUUGAGGAGGUCGAGGGAUGGUUCAUCGAGUAUAAUCUUCGGACCAUCCUCCGAAGCUGUGGCCGGAUCAGCGUCUUCGGAGAUGUAUUGGAAAAUCGUAUCGUCUUCGUUCACGAUUGAGGACCAUUCGGCGGCAUCCUUAGCUGGUAAGGUGACGAGACUCAUGAGGUAUUGGAAGCCAUGACAGCCACCGCUUUCCACUUGGAUUCUCAAAGCAAGGUUUGGGUUACCAUCCUUCUCCAUG